GCAGUCACGGUACAAGUUCACUGUUAGAAAAAAAAAAAAAAAUUAACGGGAACCCUAACAAAAAAAAACCUUUGAUGGCUCCGCACGCUCAACAGGAGGCUAAGAAGCGUAAACACGCUGACCAUGGAGACAAUGUUGCCUCUAAAAAGUCGCGAAUGACCGUUUUGAACGCUACUCCAAGCUCGGAAUUCUCGGCAUUUUCAGAAGUCUCCAUUAGAUUGUACAUUCACUUGGCUCCCAUGUGGGUCAGCAAGCCAAUUGAAGGCAUCAAUGAGCAACUUAACGCUUUUUUGAUGAAAUACAUUCCUGAAGUUGACGGUGUUGUUGUCGCUCACUCAGGUCUUCGGUUGGAAACAGCUGACGGACGUGUUAUGUAUGAUUGCCCAUUCUCCCAUUUCUUUAUUCGAGUAAAGUUACUGGUGUGGAAGCCAAACAAGGGUGAAAAGCUUGCCGGCAAGAUAAAUUUGCAAUCACCUGAUCACAUCGGUCUUCUCAUUUACGGCACUUUCAAUGCUUCGAUUCCCCGGGAACACAUUUCGCAAACCCAUUUUGAAUGGCGUGCUGCAGCCGAGGAAGAGCAGGAGAAGGAAUCAGGCGAUGAAGAGAAUUCAUCGGAGGAAGCCGAGAAACAAUACGAGUACACGAAGAGUGAAUUUGGUGAAUGGGUUCUCAAGGCUACUGGCCAAGGAGUUGGACAGAAUGAUGGUGUCCUUGAAUUCUCGGUUGUCAACUUGGUGAGUGCAAACGAUAUUCUUACCGUCACCGGAGCAUUACUAUCACCACCAACUACAAAAGAUACCACAUCAACUGAAGAAGCCGCUCCAAAGUCCUCAUCAACGAAAGAUAAAUCCCAUAAGGAGAAAAAAGACAAAAAGGAAAAGAAGAAGAGCAAGAAAGAAAAGUCAUAAAUUCGAGUUCUUCUUAACGUAAUCAAACCUAGAGCCAUUUUUCACCAUCAUCAUCAUGCAAUUUAUUUCGUUUCACCUUUCUUUCCUUGUACAUUUACAAAAAAGUUUAUACAGUCUGGAUUUGCUUCAGCUUUCUAUUUUGAAUCCAAUGCAUUUCUAUGUUUCAGCAAUUGCCCU